GCACCUCCUCCCUGCGCCCUGCGGCUCCGUUGCGCGGCGUCCUGGCCGGCAUCGAGGUGUGUCGCGGGCGGGGUGUCGCAGGGCGUGUCACGAGGUGAGGCGGGGGCUGUCAGGGAGGGAGCGCGGAGGGCGAGCGGCGGCCCGGCGCACCCCUCCCCCGCCGCGGUCGCAGGCCCUUCCCGGAGAAGAUGGCGGAUCGCGCGGAGAUGUUUUCUCUUUCCACCUUCCACUCGCUGUCGCCUCCGGGCUGCAGGCCUCCCCAGGACAUAAGCCUGGAAGAAUUUGAUGAUGAAGACCUGUCAGAGAUCACUGAUGACUGUGGCCUGGGCCUCAGCUACGACUCAGACCACUGUGAGAAGGACAGCCUCUCCCUGGGGCGCUCCGAGCAGCCGCACCCCAUCUGCUCCUUCCAGGAUGACUUCCAGGAGUUUGAGAUGAUCGAUGACAAUGAAGAGGAGGAGGAGGAAGAUGAUGAGGAAGAAGAAGAGGAUGAGGAGGAGGGAGAUGGGGAGAGCAAGGAGGGAGGAGGCCCUGGCUCAGAAGUACCUGCCUCAGAGCCCCUUAUUCCCUCCCCUUCCUUGGAGGAGCCCCACAAACACCGGCCCACUACACUCCACCUGACUACACUGGGUGCCCAGGACUCCCUGAACAACAAUGGGGGCUUUGCCCCAGUGCCCCCAGCCUCCUGGAAGGAGACAGCAUUGUGUUCACCACCCCAGGAGCCCCUCAGAGCAGCGCUCCCUGGCUCCCCCCUGCCCAUGGACGCUGGCGAGGCACAGUCAUCAGUGAGCCCAGGUUGUGACUGCGAAGGGAACCGGCCAGCGGAGCCCCUGGCGCCAGGUGAGGCCUCGCCCUCCUCGGAUCCCGGCAUUGAGGCCGACCUUAGGAGCCGCUCGAGCAGUGGCCGCGGGGGACGUCGCAGCAGCCAGGAGCUGUCGUCCCCGGGCUCGGAUUCGGAGGACACGGGCGGAGCGCGCCUGGGGCGGAUGAUCUCGUCCAUCUCAGAGACCGAGCUGGAGCUGAGCAGCGAUGGCGGCAGCAGCAGUGGCCGUUCCUCGCACCUCACCAACUCCAUUGAGGAGGCCUCGUCGCCUGCCUCAGAACCGGAGCCCGAGCCCCCGCGGGAAGCCCCGCGCCGCCCUGCCUUCCUGCCGGUGGGCCCCGACGACACCAACAGCGAGUACGAGUCUGGGUCAGAGUCAGAGCCAGACCUCAGCGAGGACGCAGACUCACCCUGGCUGCUCAGCAACCUGGUGAGCCGCAUGAUCUCCGAGGGCUCCUCGCCCAUCAGCUGCCCUGGCCAGUGCCUGUCUCCCGCACCCCGCCCGUCUGGGGAGCCCGUGUCACCUGCCAGCGGUGCCACCGAGGACACCGGGGACCCGGCAGUGACAGUGGCGCCUGGGGGUGUGGAGUUGGUGGACAUGGAGACGUUGUGUGGGCCUCCGCCCCCCGUGCCCGCAGCGUCUCGACCUGGCUCCGGGCAGCCCGGGCCCUGCCUCUUCCUCAGCAACCCCACGCGUGAUACCAUCACACCAUUGUGGGCCUCGCCUGGCCGUGCUACCCGGCCAGGCCGAGCCUGCUUUGCUGCCUGCUCAGAAGAGGAGGACGACGAGGAUGAGGAGGAUGAGGACGAUGCUGAGGACAGCUCAGAGCCCCCCGGCGGCAGGGGCCCGGUCCCUGCAGCUCCGUUAGACGCCUCACUGGUGUACGAUGCGGUCAAGUACACGCUGGUGGUGGACGAACACACGCAGCUGGAGCUGGUGAGCCUGCGGCGCUGUGCUGGCCUGGGCAGCGACAGCGAAGAGGACAGCUGUGGCGAGGCCAGUGAGGAAGAAGCAGGCGCUAUGCUGCUGGAUGGUGGUCAGGGCCCUGGGGACACUUCUCCAGACAGCCCUGACCUCACCUUCUCCAAGAAGUUCCUCAAUGUCUUUGUUAACAGCACAUCUCGAUCCUCCAGCACUGAGUCCUUUGGCCUUUUUUCCUGUGUGGUCAACGGGGAGGAGCGAGAGCAGACUCACCGGGCUGUCUUCAGGUUCAUCCCUCGACACCCGGAUGAGCUAGAGCUGGACGUGGACGACCCUGUGCUGGUGGAGGCUGAGGAGGAUGAUUUCUGGUUCCGUGGCUUCAACAUGCGCACAGGGGAGCGUGGUGUGUUCCCUGCCUUCUAUGCCCAUGCAGUGCCUGGCCCUACCAAGGACCUGCUGGGGAGCAAGCAGAGUCCCUGCUGGGUGGAGCGCUUCGACGUGCAGUUCCUGGGCUCAGUGGAGGUGCCUUGUCACCAGGGCAAUGGCAUUCUGUGUGCAGCCAUGCAGAAGAUUGCCACCACCCGGAAACUGACUGUCCAUCUGCGUCCCCCUGCCUCCUGUGACCUCGAGAUUUCUCUUCGGGGGGUCAAGCUGAGUCUGAGUGGAGGAGGGCCUGAGUUCCAGCGCUGCAGCCACUUCUUCCAGAUGAAGAACAUCUCGUUCUGUGGCUGCCACCCCCGCAACAGCUGCUAUUUUGGCUUCAUCACCAAACACCCACUGCUGAGUCGCUUCGCCUGCCAUGUCUUUGUCUCCCAGGAGUCCAUGAGGCCUGUGGCGCAGAGCGUGGGCCGUGCCUUCCUGGAGUACUACCAGGAGCACCUGGCCUACGCCUGUCCCACAGAGGACAUCUACCUGGAGUAGCCACCUGCAUUCUCUGUCUCCUGCCCCAUAUGCAGCCAGGGCUGGAUGUGUCUGAAGAGGCCACUGUGGAUUUUACAAAGACUGGAUGGGGGCAUGGGAGACCUUAUGUUUGUGGGAGUCUUUGGGCUGGGAACCCUCAUCCUUGAUCCCCAGGGCUUGGCUGUGGGGGCUGUGGGGAAGAGCUCCCUGUGCCCCAUUUCCUUCUGAUUUCUUCUUUCUGUCAUCCUCGUCUGUCCCUCAGCCUCCCUUUGCUCUCUCUCCUGGUCUUUCUGCCCAUCUCUGCCUGCAAACCUUGCCCUUUGCCCUUUUACUUUGGGGUCAGAACUUGGGGGGUAUGCAGGAAGAUGAGGCUCUAGGUGAUGGUGAUGUCAGGCUCCAAAAUGAUCCCCUCCUGCCCCUUCCCUAUGAUUUAUAAAGGAAUUUUAAUUUUUAUAGUGAAUCUCAAGGGAUUAUCCCAUCCUUGACUCCUUGACUAUAGGAACAAAGAGAGGAGUCUCCCCACCCCACAUGGAGCUCUGGAGGAAGAAGGAAGGGGUUCCCAAAAUAGCCUUAGGGAAGCAAGGGGUGGUUCUUAAUGCCCACCUGGAGCUCCCAUUUGCUGCUAGGAGGGUGCCCCCUCUGGGGCCCAUCACACUGUCAUCUGCUUUGCUGCUGCUAACAUACUCCCGCAGUCCAAAGUGUAUCUGCCCCACCCAUGCCCUGCGCUGUGUAUGUGGGCCUUGCCCAUGGUCUCAAUAAACUCUGCUUGGUGUGA